AUGGACCUAAAGCAAAAGUUAAAUCUCGUAAUUAAUUCUCUGACAGAUUCUCUUAGAUCUCUGUUAUUGAGGUCAAGGGAUUUAAUAGUUCUAUUCUCAAAACACCCACAUACAAGGCUCUGUUACAAAUGUCAAGCACUGAAUAUUGCGUCAUUGCGAAAUAGUAACGGUUUCACGCAUGGAACACCAAGUGAAAUACUCGCCGCUGCAAAGUCUGAUUGCCCCCUUUGUAUCCUACUUGAGAAGAAUUUUGAUCUCGGUCCCCCAUCAAUGCCUGUGCGUCUACAUGGUAUCCGUCGGAUUCUACCAUCGAAUCUUUCUGCAUCUCCCAAUGUAGGGGAUAUAGAGUCUAUAAGAGUUCUGAAUGGCUGCGACAGAGAUGUGGACAACCCUUUCUCUCACACGCUGGCACUUUUAACGAUUGCUGAUGAUCUUGCAGCUAAAUCUCUCUUGAGAAGGCCUUUCAUUGCGAAUUUCGCUACGGAAGAAUGUUCAAGAUUAAUAAAAUCAUGGUUAAACAAGUGCAUUCUUUGCCAUCCGAAUUGCACAAUCAAUUCCCCCGUGAUAUCUCGCCUACCAUCUCGCGUCAUCAGAGUUGGUGCUCAUGAUGGGCUUGAACCAACACUUUUCACUCCACCGACUGGUCACGAAGGCGCUUAUGUUGCCCUCAGUUACUGUUGGGGAAGGCGAAAAAACAUUCUUCUCACCAAGGAAAUGACAAAACUACCGAAUAUGAGCGUAAUAUUCCCAAUUUCUGUUCUACCUAAGACCUUGCAAGACGCGAUUCAGAUUAUUCGAAAUCUUGGGUUCGAGUUCCUUUGGAUCGACUCUCUGUGUAUCAUUCAAGAAGGCGACGAUGGGGAAGACUUGAGACGUGAAUGUAUAACAAUGCACGAGGUGUAUGGGAGUGCCACCUUGACCAUUGCAGCCGCUGCAGCUGGGUCUGUCCAUGGAGGAUUUUUUCAAUGCCCAAAGACAAAUCCAAAGAUGCAGUCAGAUUUUAUCAUUAAAUAUGACCUAGAUGAUUGUUCUCUGGGUAUUGCUAAUAUUGCAAUGAUCGUAUCAAUGAACCAUACUCGUGGAUGGACCUUUCAAGAGCGUGUCCUAUCACCAAAAACGAUUUGGGGUGGGAUUGUGCCUCGAUACUGAUCAACUCGAAUGG